CACUGCAACCAGCGGCGCUAACGCGGGCUGGCCGUUCGCUGCGGCACGGGGCCCACCAUGAGCUUCCUCAUCGAUUCCAGCAUCAUGGUCACCUCCCAGGUAGCGCGUUGUUACGCGGCGAGAGCCCGGCCACGGAGGGAGUGAGGGAGAAGGAGGCGAGGUGCUCUUCUUUGGAUUUGGAUGGCUGUUUUUCAUGCGCAAGCUCUUCAAGGAUUAUGAGGUGCGACAGUAUGUUGUCCAAGUCAUCUUCUCUGUGACUUUUGCCUUCUCUUGUACUAUGUUUGAACUCAUCAUCUUUGAGAUUUUGGGAGUGCUGAACAGCAGCUCUCGAUAUUUUCACUGGAAGCUGAACCUGUGUGUCAUUUUGCUCAUCCUAGUCUUCAUGGUCCCCUUUUACAUCGGUUACUUUGUUGUGAGCAAUAUCAGAUUAUUGCACAGACAGAAACUGCUUUUUGCAUGUGUUCUGUGGUUGACAUUUAUGUAUUUCUUUUGGAAGCUGGGAGAUCCAUUUCCCAUCCUCAGCCCAAAACAUGGAAUCCUGUCUAUAGAGCAGCUCAUCAGUCGUGUGGGUGUGAUUGGGGUGACACUCAUGGCUUUGCUGUCAGGAUUUGGUGCUGUCAACUGUCCGUAUACUUACAUGUCCUACUUUCUCAGGAAUGUGACAGAUGCAGAUAUUCUUGCUUUGGAGCGACGACUCCUCCAGACUAUGGACAUGAUUAUUAGCAAGAAAAAAAGAAUAGCAGUGGCUCACAGGACAAUGUUCCAGAGAGGGGAAGUGCACAACAAACCCACUGGCUUCUGGGGAAUGAUAAAAAGUGUUACGACGUCUGUUGCAGGCAGUGAAAAUCUGUCUCUUAUCCAGCAAGAAGUGGAUGCUCUAGAAGAACUGAGCCGCCAACUUUUUCUUGAAACUGCUGACCUGCAUGCGACAAAGGAAAGAAUAGAGUACUCCAAAACUUUCCAGGGAAAAUACUUCAAUUUUUUGGGUUACUUUUUCUCCAUCUAUUGUGUCUGGAAAAUCUUCAUGGCGACCAUCAAUAUUGUGUUUGACCGUGUGGGGAAGACGGAUCCAGUCACAAGAGGAAUUGAGAUCACUGUGAAUUAUUUGGGAAUCCAGUUUGAUGUGAAAUUCUGGUCUCAGCACAUUUCCUUUAUUCUUGUUGGAAUAAUUAUUGUCACCUCUAUCAGAGGCCUGUUAAUUACACUUACAAAGUUCUUCUAUGCCAUUUCCAGCAGCAAGUCCUCCAAUGUCAUUGUUCUGCUUCUAGCACAGAUCAUGGGUAUGUACUUUGUGUCGUCGGUGCUCCUGAUUCGAAUGAGCAUGCCUCUAGAGUACCGCACUAUUAUAACAGAAGUCCUGGGAGAGCUUCAGUUCAACUUCUAUCAUCGUUGGUUUGAUGUGAUAUUUCUAGUUAGUGCACUAUCCAGCAUCCUCUUUCUGUACUUAGCACAUAAGCAAGCUCCAGAAAAGCAUAUGACCCUCUAAAUAAGGACUGCAGACACACACUGCUCCCAUCUCCUUUCUGCUGGACUGUUGCAACUCCUGUGGACUGCAAAACUUGGAGAGCCAGGACAGUUCUGUGUGUUCAAGCAAUGUCACUGGCUCUUUGAACUUCCAUGUCUUCAGUCAAGCUCUGUGGCUCGUUUUAAGGUGCUACAGCUUGAGGGAAAGGGAAUGCACACAUUGCCAAGGAAUAAAGGGAAUUUAUGGUACACCAGUAUCUAAGGGGCUGUAGGCUGUCUGAGGUAAGGUAUCUUGUGUUUGGAAGAAUGUCUUCAGAGAAGGCAUCAAGCAAAUGUGAUUUUUCUUUUAAAAAGCAACUCAUAAUUGAGAUUCAGAGAAUGGUAAUUUUGGAGCUGAAUAUGGAAGUCUGUGGAAUUAAAUAAGCUUUUGUAAUACCUCA